GAGCUGGAGGAGCAGGGACACACACAGUGCGUGCAGCCUUCACUGCUGCUGCGCUGCUGCUAGAGAAGCUGCUGCUGCUGGAGCUGGAGUUGUCUCUGCUGCUUUCCCUUGCUGCAGCAGCACAAACGUGACUUCCAACAUUUUUAUUUAUCUCCUUUCAAUCCUUUUCCUUUUGCAAGAUGUAACUACAGCUCAGACACUAAGGACGUACAGAUCGCUUAAGUGGCUUGGGAAAGAGAAAAGGGGAUAUCAAGGGCGUCGUUUUUUGUGUUGGGGAGAAAAUUUCCAUUAUGAAUGUUUCUCUAAAGUGAUUUUUUUUUUGUUUGCUUCGCAUUCGUUUUUUUCCCCUAUUCCCCAUAUCUCGGAUUUAUUGCAAAGAAAAUCCCGUUGUGAGGAAAGAAAGUCGGAUUACAAGAUACUAUUACAAACAAAAACUGGAUUUUUGGGGGGCAUUUUAGCAAAAAAUUGUUGCGGCUUUACUUCAUGAAGCAAUUGUCCCCUUUUGCAAACAGAAUUUGGAUAUCAGAAUGAGUAAAGAAAGACCCAAGAGGAAUAUAAUUCAAAAGAAAUACGAUGACAGUGAUGGGAUUCCAUGGUCAGAGGAGAGGGUGGUACGAAAGGUCCUUUACUUAUCUCUAAAGGAGUUCAAAAAUGCACAGAAGAGGCAACAUGGUGACGGCAUUAAUGGGAGUCUCAAGACUGUGAAUGGACUUCUCACCAAUGGCCCAUCGAAGGGAUUAGGACCAGGAUCAGAACAGUCAGAGAAUGAGAAGGACGAUGCAUCGCAAGUGUCCUCAACUAGCAAUGAUGUUAGUUCUUCAGAUUUUGAAGAAGGGCCAUCAAGGAAAAGGCCAAGGCUGCAAGCACAAAGGAAGUUUGCUCAAUCCCAGCCAAACAGUCCCAGCACAACUCCAAUAAAGAUAGUGGAACCGUUGUUACCCCCUCCAGCUACUCAGAUUUCUGACCUCUCCAAAAGGAAGCCCAAGACAGAAGAUUUCCUUACAUUUCUCUGCCUUCGAGGUUCUCCAGCGCUGCCCAGCAACAUGGUAUAUUUUGGAAGCUCUCAGGACGAGGAGGAGGAUGAAGAAGAGGACGAGGAGACAGAGGAUACAAAGGCAGCCACAAACAAUGCUUCAUCUUCAUGCCAGUCAACCCCCAGGAAAGGAAAAACACAUAAGCAUGUUUCAAAUGGGCAUGUCUUCAAUGGGUCCAGCAAAUCAACGAAGGAGAAAGAAACUACCCAUAAACACAAAAGCAAAGAGACCACAUCGGGGAAGGAGAGGAACAGUGAACACAGGGCUGAGAGCCGAAAAGACCAGGCUGCUGCUAAUCACCAUCCUACUACAAAUACUGGCUCCUCAACGAAAGGGCUCACUGCUAACAACCAUCACCCUCUUCAUAGAUCGGCUCAGGACUUAAGGAAACAGGUUUCUAAGGUCAACGGAAUCACUCGAAUGUCAUCUCCAGGUGCAAAUGCAGCCAGUGCCAAAAAGAUGAGAGAAGUCAGACCUUCACCAUCCAAAACUGUGAAGUACACUGCAACAGUGACAAAGGGAACCGUCACAUACACCAAAGCCAAGAAAGAACUGGUCAAGGAAACCAAACUAAAUCACCACAAACCCAGUUCACCUGUUAACCAUACAAUCUCAGGGAAAACAGAAAGUAGCAAUGCAAAAACCCGCAAACAGGUGCUAUCCCUUGGAGCGUCCAAGUCUAACAAUAUCGCUGUUAAUGGUGUCAAGGUCAAUGGCAAGUUGAACCAAAAGGCAUGCACUAAGGAGGUGGGGAGACAGUUGAGGGAGGGGCUGCGCAAUUCUAAGAGGAGGCUGGAAGAGACGAAUCAUAUAGACAAAAUACAGUCACCCAGCAAGAAAAUGAAAGGGGCGGUCAGCUUGACAGAAGCUGCAAGCAAAAAGGCAGCAGUGGAAAAGCCCUUGCUGAAUGGACAUGUGAAAAAGGAAGUGCCAGAGAAGAUUCUAGAAAGAAAUAGGCCGAAAAGAGCCACUGCUGGAAAGAAUACGCCAGGGAAACAAGCACACGGUAAAACUGAAAAUGCCUCCUGUGAAAAUCAUUCUACCUCUCAAACUGAGUCCUUGCACAAGCCACACGACUCAACAGGAAAGCACGAAAAGGGUAGUAGCAAGUCUGGGUGGGCAAUGAUGGAUGAGAUUCCCAUCCUUCGGCCCUCCGCGAAGGAGUUCCAUGACCCGUUGAUAUACAUUGAGUCAGUCCGAGCUCAGGUAGAGAAGUAUGGGAUGUGUAGGGUGAUUCCUCCUGCAGACUGGAGACCUGAGUGCAAGCUGAAUGAUGAAAUGCGGUUUGUGACACAGAUUCAGCACAUACACAAGCUCAGCAGGCGCUGGGGACCCAACGUGCAGCGGCUGGCCUGCAUCAAGAAGCACCUCAAAUCUCAGGGCAUUAGCAUGGAUGAGCUCCCACUCAUCGGAGGCUGUGAGCUAGAUUUGGCCUGCUUUUUCCAGCUGAUCAAUGAAAUGGGUGGCAUGCAGCAAGUGACUGACCUCAAGAAAUGGAACAAGCUGGCAGAUAUGCUACGCAUCCCCAGAACUGCACAGGACAGGCUAGCAAAGCUGCAGGAAGCCUACUGCCAGUACUUGCUCUCCUAUGACUCCCUCUCCUCUGAGGAGCACAAGAAACUAGAGAAGGAAGUCCUGCUGGAAAAGGAGAUCUUAGAGAAGAGGAAAGGUCCUUUGGAGGGACACUCAGAAAACGCCUAUAAGUUCCAUUCCUUGCCCCGGUUCGAGCCCAAAAAUGGACUCAUCAAUGGUGUGGUUCACAAAAACGGCUUCCGUAACAAGUUGAAAGAAGUUGAUAUCCCAUUGAAAACGGGCAGGCGGCGACUCUUCGCUCAGGAAAAGGAGAUCGAGAAAGAGGAGGAGGAGAAGGGAGUUCUUAGCGACUUACACAAGUGUAUAUACAAGGGUAGGUCUGUUUCUUUAACAACCUUUUACCGGACGGCAAGAAACAUCAUGAACAUGUGCUUCAGCAAGGAGCCUUCGGUAGCUGAAAUAGAGCAAGAGUACUGGAGGUUAGUGGAACAGAAGGAUUGCCAUGUAGCAGUGCACUGUGGGAAAGUGGAUACCAACACACAUGGGAGCGGCUUUCCUGUGGGAAAAUCUGAACCAUUCUCAAGGCAUGGGUGGAACCUUACAGUCCUUCCUAAUAAUACAGGAUCCAUCCUGCGACAUCUUGGUGCUGUGCCUGGAGUGACAAUUCCUUGGCUAAAUAUUGGCAUGGUCUUUUCUACCUCAUGCUGGUCUCGAGACCAAAAUCACCUUCCAUACAUUGACUACUUACACACUGGUGCUGAUUGCGUUUGGUAUUGCAUUCCUGCUGCGGAAGAGAACAAACUUGAUGAUGUGGUACAUACCCUGCUGCAAGCCAAUGGCACUCCAGGGCUGGAAAUGCUUGAAAGCAAUGUUAUGAUCUCCCCAGAGGUCUUGUGCAAAGAGGGGAUCAAGGUGCACCGUACUGUACAGCAGAGUGGGCAGUUCGUUGUCUGUUUUCCAGGAUCCUUUGUGUCUAAAGUGUGUUGUGGCUACAGUGUUUCUGAAACAGUGCACUUUGCUACCACCCAGUGGACAAGUAUGGGUUUUAAAACUGCCAAGGAAAUGAAGCAGCGACGUAUAGCCAAACCAUUUUCAAUGGAAAAGUUGCUUUAUCAGAUUGCAACGGCAGAAGCAAAAAAGGAAAAUGGACCGACUCUCACUACAAUAUCGGCACUUCUUGGAGAGCUCAGGGACACAGAACUGAGGCAGCGGCGGCAGCUUUACGAGGCAGGCCUCCAUUCUUCAGCCCGCUAUGGGAGCCAUGACAGCAGUAGCUCGGGGGUGGAUGGAAAGAAAAAGCCUCGAAAGUGGUUGCAGUUCGAGACGUCGGAGAGGAGGUGUCAGAUUUGCCAGCACCUAUGUUACCUUUCUAUGGUCGUACAGGAGAAUGAAAAUGUUGUCUUCUGCCUGGAAUGUGCCCUCCGGCAUGUGGAAAAACAGAAGACUUGUCGGGGACUGAAAAUGAUGUAUCGUUAUGACGAGGAACAAAUAAUCGGUCUAGUCAAUCUCUGUGGGAAAGUCUCUGGUAAAAAUGGCAACAUCGAGAACUGUAUCAGCAAGCCUACACCAAAAAGAGGACCUCGUAAGAGAGCAACAGUCGACGUGCCAUCAUCUAGGCUUUCAUCCUCCAGUUCAUCCAAAAGUGCUUCAAGUUAA